AUGAGAUUCUUGACAGUCGUUGCGCUCAUCGGCAGCCUCUAUGGCAUCACCGCCUGUAAGUCAACCACAAACCAAACGGUGAAACUGAACACCGGUUAUGAGAUGCCAAUCCUGGGGUUGGGCACCUGGCAGGCACAUGGAGCUGAGGUCAAACAGGCGGUUAAGGAUGCCAUUGAAAUCGGUUACAGACAUAUCGACACGGCUUCCGAUUACGGCAAUGAGGAGGAUGUGGGUCAGGCCAUCGCCGAGUCUAUUAAGGCCGGUAUCAUCAAGAGAGAGGACAUCUUCAUUACAACCAAAGUGUGGCCCCACGACGACCGUAAGAAGGCAUUGGAUGAGGUGCAUCAGUCGCUCACCAAACUGAACGUGACAUACCUGGACCUGGUUCUCGUGCACUUCCCGUGGGGUAACUUCGUGGAGGUGUAUAAGGGCUUAGAGGACGCCUACAACGCCAAACUCGUCCGAUCUAUCGGUAUCUCAAACUUCAACGAGAAAGACACCGACAAAUUGGUGGCCGAGACGACUGUCAAACCGGCCAACGAUCAGAUCGUAUGCAACCCAAAAGCCGUAUCCACCGGUUAUAUAGACUACUCGCACACCCAUAACAUCACAGUCACCGCAUACUCGCCGCUGGGAACUGGAUCUCUAAUCAAAGAGCAAAAGCUUAUUGACAUCGGAAAGAAAUACAACAAGAGUUCGGCUCAAGUGAUGAUCAGAUGGCAGAUCCAGAGGGGAGUGAUUGUGAUCCCCAAGAGUGUGAAGAAGCAGUACAUUAAGGAAGACUUCGAGGUCUUUGACUUCACGCUAAGCGAUGAGGACAUGAAGAAAAUCCCUAUCAAAUUAAACACUGGCUAUGAGAUGCCUCAGAUAGGUCUGGGCACAUGGCAGGCUACCGGUGACCCUGUCAAACAAGCUGUUAAGGAUGCCCUGGAGAUCGGUUACAGACAUAUCGACACCGCCUGGAUCUACAAGAACGAGAAGGAGGUGGGAGAAGCCAUUCACGAGCAGAUCGGCGCCGGUAUCCUUAAGCGGGAGGACCUGUUCAUCACAACAAAGGUGUGGCCCAAAGACGCCAAAACCGCGAAGAAGUCUCUGGAGACUGUCCACCACUCACUGCAACAGUUGAACGUCACUUAUCUGGACUUAGUUCUGGUGCACAGACCGGCGGACGACUACACGGAGGUCUAUAAGGGUCUGGAGGAGGCUGUGGGUCAGAAGUUGGUCCGAUCUAUCGGUAUCUCCAACUUCAAUAAGGCUCAGAUCGACAGCUUGAAGAAGACGUGGAAAAUCAAGCCCGCAGUCAACCAAAUCGAGAUCCACCCGACCCAUAACCAGGACGACACGGUUAACCAUUGCAAUGAUUUGGGUAUUGCUGUCACCGGAUAUUCACCAUUGGGAACUGGUAAAUUGAUCAAGGACCCGACCUUAGCCGCUAUUGGUAAAAAACAUAACAAGAGUGCGGCUCAGGUAGCCCUCAGGUGGCAGAUCGAGAGACAUCUGAUCACAAUUCCCAAGAGUGUGACCAAGAAGUAUAUUCAGGAAGACUUCGAGAUCUUCGACUUCACUCUUACCAAGGAUGAACGCCGGCUAUCAAACUGA